GCUCCAGCAGGCCCUGCUGCUGUGGAGCCUGGACAGUAGCAGUUGGUAGGGGCAGCAUGUUCACCAGGGGGCUUCCCCUAUGCUUAGCCCUGGUCAGAGGCUGCAAGCCUCCCCUGAGGACCCUCAGAGAGGGUCCGGGGCAUCCCAGGGUGCUCACUGGAGAAGGAGCUAGAGGCACCUACUCUCGCAGCCCUCGGCCCUACAGUGAGGUCCCAACCCCGGGGAUGAAUGGCUGGCUGAACCUGUACCACUUCUGGAGGGAGAAGGGCAUCCACAGACUCCACUAUCACAACAUCCAGAACUUCCAGAAGUUUGGUCCCAUUUACAGGGAGAAGCUGGGCAGCAUCGAGUCGGUUUACAUCAUCGACCCUGAAGACGUGGGCAUUCUCUUUCGGUCUGAAGGCCCCAGCCCCGAGCGGUACCUUGUGCCCCCCUGGGUUGCCUAUCACCAGCACUACAAGAAACCCAUUGGGGUGCUGUUCAAGAAAUCAGAAGAUUGGAAGAAAGACCGGAUAGCCCUGAACCAGGAGGUGAUGGCUCUGGAGGCCAUAAAGAACUUUUUGCCCCUGCUGGACACAGUGUCUCAGGACUUCGUCAGCUUCCUGCACAGACGCAUCCACCAGCAGGGCGUUGGCGAGUACUCGGCGGACAUCAGCGAUGACCUGUUCCGAUUUGCCUUUGAGUCCAUCACCAAUGUCAUCUUCGGGGAGCGCCUGGGGUUGCUGCAGGAGAGGGUGGACCCCGAGGCCCAGAAGUUCAUCAAUGCCGUGUACCAGAUGUUCCACACCAGUGUCCCCAUGCUCAGCCUCCCCCCGGACCUGUUCCGUCUGUUCAGGACCAAGACUUGGAGGGACCACGUGGCCGCGUGGGAUGUCAUUUUCAGUAAAGCUGAACAGUACACCCAGAACUUCUGCUGGGACCUCAAACACAAAAGAGUCUUUGACAAUUACCCCGGCAUCCUCUACCGCCUCUUGGGCAACACCAAGCUGCCCUUCGAAGACGUCAAGGCCAACAUCACCGAGAUGCUGGCGGGCGGCGUGGACACGACAUCCAUGACACUGCAGUGGAGCCUGUAUGAGCUGGCCCGCAGCAUGAGGGUGCAGGAGGCCCUGCGGGCUGAGGUCCUGGCUGCCCGGCGCCAGGCCCAGGGAGACAUGGACAAGAUGCUGAAGCUGGUUCCGCUCCUCAAAGCCAGCAUCAAGGAGACACUGAGACUCCACCCCAUCUCUGUGACCGUGCAGCGCUACCUUGCAAAGGAUGUGCUUAUUCGAGGUUAUAUGAUUCCUGCCAAGACACUGGUGCAGGUGGGCACCUUCGCCAUGGGCCGGGACCCUGCCUUCUUCCCAAAACCGGAGUGUUUUGACCCAACCCGGUGGCUGAACAAAGAUAAGGCCACCACCUACUUCCGGAACCUGGGCUUCGGCUGGGGGACGCGGCAGUGUUUGGGCCGGCGCAUCGCGGAGCUAGAGAUGACGCUCUUCCUCAUCCACGUAAGCCAGGGUCACCUGCCCCCCACACCCCCUGCCCUGCUCUGCCCGCAAUCCCUUUCUCCUCAUGGGGGCUGGCCCAUUCCUCAUACACCGGUGCCCCUGGCCAUCCACGUCCCCUCCCCACCAGCAGGGAUGGGGUGGGGUUGGGUGGAGGGGGCUGCAUGGAAGCAAGUUACGAGCAAGGUCUGAAUCCAGGAGAGAGCA